AUGGAUCAACUAUUAAUUGUCACAUUAUUGACACUAUUCGGUGGUAUAAUAGCCAAUUAUGUGUGUCCACCUAACCUUGAUAUAUUUCUACCAUGUGAAUGCCGUGUUGACCCUGGCAUACUGCCCUUAUACAGAAGCAUUGAGUGUAAGGGUGACCAACCCAUCAAUCUGACGGCCCUUUUCCAGAGACUGAGCCAUGAAUUAAAAGCCGAUGAAAAAGAUUACCUCUAUUUCAUGCUAUUUAACAAAGCGGUGGACGUAUUGCCGGCUAAUGUUUUCGCUGACAUCACAUUUCAACAUGUCGAGUUAGAUGGUAAAAAUUUGACCAAGGUGCAUCGCUUAGCUCUCAACGGAACACAGGAUACGUUGAAAAGUUUAGAAAAUUUAAACCUUCCGCUUGUUGAUGGGAACGGCGAUUGGGACGUAUUUAAAGCGAUUAACCUUGCGCAUAAUUUAAGUGACGUCACCCUCUUGUAUACUAAUUUGACCAAGAUACCUGACAAUGCCCUACAAUCGCACCCAAGUCUCGAAAGGAUUGAGAUUUUGAUGAGUCCGUCCCUCACGAGUAUCGGUAGGAAUGCCUUCAAAAACCUGACAAAAGUAGAGUUCAUUAGUAUCGAGGCUCACGUCAAAGAUAUAGGCGAUGAGGCCUUUGCUGUGUUCAGUGGUAUCAACCGUCCCGUCGACCUCAAUGUCAUGUUAAAUGACCUGAAGUUCAUCGAGGAGUCGACAUACGAGGCAUUCCUACAGCAGAAUCCCAACCAUAUUAUCCAUUCGGACACCGAGUGUAUGGACAGUCGUAACGAUUGGUUGCGACAGAAGUAUCCCAACCAAUGGGUGGACAAGAAUUGUUGA